AUGUUCUCCUUUUGUCCUCGAGUGUAUGACGAAAUUUUAAAUAUCAGUUUAUUUUUUGUUUUUAGCGAGCAGGCCGUAAUCAACGUCCACGCCAGUGUAUUGGUGUACGAUGAUGCAGCGAAGAAGUGGGUGCCUUCAGGAUCAUCGAAGCAGCACGGAGUUUCGCUGGUGCAAAUAUUGAAAAAUGUUCAACUGAGUACCUUUCGCGUGGUCGGCAGGAAGCUACAGGACCACGAAGUGGUCAUAAACAGUCUCAUCGGCAAGAGCUUCAAAUACAGCUUAAGCCCGUCGACGUUUUUGCAGUGGAGGGAUCAGAACGUGGUGUAUGGUCUUAAUUUUCUGAACGCGGAGGACGCCAGCGCUUUUGGAACCGCGAUGUUGAGUGCCGUCGAGAGCAUGAGCGCCACCUACGGCCAAGUCCAUGCUCAAAACGGAUUUUCGACCGUUUCGUCGGCACCCAAUUUCCGGCAGCUAUCCGGCAACAACGUCACGCAUUUGGAGGUACAAGACGACAACGGAGACGCGUGUCGCCCAGUCGCUCAACUGCAGCGGCGGGCGUCACAAAGCAGCAACGCUAGCAGCGGAAGCACAGGCAGCUCUGUGCCAAAUCAGAGCAACGUUAUCUACUCAUCGAAUAUCGGACCGUCAUCAGUAUGCACUGGUCAGCAGUUUGCGGGCGCAACGCCCUCCAGAGCUGCUCCUCCGGCGCCUCCGCCCGCACCUCCGUUGCAGCUACAAACAGCGUCACGCUCUCUUGGUGGAGGCUUCGGCAGAGGAACGGGGGGCUCUUCCAGCGGCUCCAAUCCUCCGGCACCUCCACCAUUGCCGCCGUCUGACUGUGGCUCCUCGACUUCUUGGCAAAAUAGCAGGCCGACCAACUUCGCACAAGCGUUGGCAUCGGCUAAACUCCGUAAGACAUGCGCGAACGAAGAGUCAAAAGAAUCGAAAACCGCUGAAAUUUCGGCCAGCGGCGGUCACAGGUUCGGCGCCUUGGGCUCCAACAGCAGCAUCGGCGGAAUCUCGGCACAUAGCGACAUCAUUUCCGAGAUCACGGCUACUCUGGCCAAGCGACGAAUGCUCCAAGAGAACGCUACCGAACCGGAAGUGCCAAGCGGUUCUUCGCUAAGCUCGCAGGAGGAAACCCUUUCGUCAUUGCCGUCGUUGCGUAGUCUGUCAAACGGCAGUACGAGCGCCAGCCAUUUGGCUGUGUCGCCCGAACGAAACCACCCAUGCCGAGAGCUCGCUGUGGCAUCUCGUCAUUACCUUGCAAAACUGGCAGUGCGCUACGUACUGUGGGCAUGCAAGCAUUUUCAGUGUUUGCGGCUCUUGUCCACUGGACCUUACGCCGCCGUGACUGUUUAUAAGGGCAGCAUGGCCAUCAAGCGGGACAAUGAGGAGCGAGUUGAUGAUCGAAAAGUGCUUAACGAUUUUUUGCCUCGACUUAAGUGCUUGGCUCCGCCGACAAUUGUCCGCUGCGUGUUCAUCUUCGGGACUGUGGUCGCUCGGUUUUACGCUUUCCUCAGUUCUUCGCGUUGCCGAUUCGUUUAA